AUGCUCAAAUUCAAAUACUCCAUUGACAACCUAUAUGCGUACGGUUUCAUAAAAUCUGCUUUGCUCCAACAAUUGAGAAAGCAGCAGCAAGGCGCGAAGUCCUGGGGGACCAAAUAUGGGAGGUUGGAGGACUCGGAAGAAGACAACAAGGGCGCCGGGUAUGGGGCCCAGGAAGAGGACACCGGCUCGGACAAAUCAGCAGCCGACGCAAGCAGCAUUAUGCAGCUGGAAUCAAUCCAGAUCACAAUUGCCAUCCAUUUGCGCCAGUUCACCGAGCUCAGGCUUGACAUCAUCUCCGCGCUCUCCACCCAACAAGACUGUAAACCCCCCCUACUCAACUUCUCCGUGUUCUGCAUUCACACCACCAAGACCUCCUCCAAUUUGCUGCCCUCAUCUGCUGUGGUUGUGCCCCCGCCAGCCUUGCAGACGCCGGCCAAGCAAAAUCAAGGACAACCUGGCCUUUUGGUCCUCCAGGUCCGUCGCCUGGACCUCCAUACUCCCGCCACCACCUUUGUCAAACUCAUUGCCAGAGCUGACAUCCUUGCCCUCCCGCCCAUUUUCUCCAUCAACUUUGUCCAGCGCUUCUUUGCCUACCAUGUCGCCGCUGCCCUUGUCCUCCUCUUCGAGCACAACAUGCAUCCCCUCCCCGACUCACUUCUCGCCAGAACUCGCAGGCUCAAGCUCUGCUUGGACACGCCCUGGGAGACCUUGCAAGCUACCUUCCUCAAAGCUGCUUGGUUUGCCCUGACCGCCAAGUAUGACGGCGCAGCAGCAGCCUCCUUCUCCUUGUUGGAGGGGGAUGGGGAGGAGAAAAAGAUCUUCAACAAGAUUGCCAAGAUCUUCAUCUGCCCUCACAGCUCCACCUGGCUCCUCGCUUUGUUUUGGAGCGUGGUCAAGGGCUCCUAUGCGCUCAAACGACUAGCCAAGAGCUGA